AUGCAACAUAUUCCUCCAAAUGGUUGGGAGUCCAACCAUCCAUGUGUGCCCAUAAUAAAGAGCAGACAGACUUUACCGACGCUCCCCCUUUGUCACUUCCUGUUAUGGAUUCUAUUAGGGGUUCUCACCUUCCCCUGCUGCGUUCACUGUCUAAUCUUCAAAGUGGGAAUUUUGGGGCCUUGGAACUGCGACCCUGUUUAUUACAGGGCCCUUCCCACCGCAGCAGCCAAACUAGCUGUGAGCAGGAUCAACAGAGACCCCGGUCUAGAUCUAGGUCUAACAAUGGACUUUAUUGUCCUGCAGGAGCCUUGCGAAACCUCCAAAGCCCUCACGGCUUAUAUUUACUACGAUACUUCAGCGAACGCGUUUGUUGGCCCCACGAACCCGGGAUACUGCAUCGCUGCAUCCCUGCUGGCCAAGAACUGGGACAAGGCGCUGUUCUCCUUCAGCUGCCUCACCUACGAGCUGGAGCAAGUGACUGGAUACCCAACUUUUGCGCGGACAAUCCCGUUUCCCGUGGACGUGUUGUUCACCGUGUUUAAACACUUCAGGUGGGCCAACUCCGCGGUGGUCUCCUCCAAUGAAGACAUCUGGAUAGACACCGCUGGGAGAGUGGCUGUUGGCUUAAGGAGGAAGGGGCUUCCCGUGGGUCUGGUUACAGCCAUGGGUCUGAACGAUACGGAGGUAGAGAGUACGUUGAGAAAGAUCCAAAACGCAGGAGAAAUAAGGGUGAUCAUAAUGUGCAUGCACUCGAUCCUGGUUGGUGGAGAGUACCAGGCCACUUUUCUCACAAAGGCACACAAGAUGGGCAUGACUUCAGGAAAGUACGUGUUUGUGCCCUACGAUACUCUCCACUACAGCGUUCCCUACAGCAAUGUCUCCCACCUCGCUCUCCAAAACAACAGCCUUCUGAGGAAGGCCUACGACGCCGUCCUCACCAUCACUGUGGCCUCUGAGCUGCUGUCCUUCAACGAGGCGUUCACUGCAGCCAAGAGGAGCCAGGAGGUGACACUGCCAGUGGAGGCUGAGCAGGUUAAUCCUCUGUUUGGAACCAUCUACAACAGUAUAUAUCUGCUGGCCAGGUCCAUUCAUAAUGCCAGGAAAGCUGGCAUGCUUCUGUCAGGCUCAAAUCUGGCCUACUUCUCCAAGAACACAAGCUUCAGUGGCUUCAACCAGAAGGUGCUGGUGGAUACAAGCGGGGAGGUUAAGACCAACUAUGUUAUUUUGGACUCAGACAGCAGGAGCAGUCAGCUUUACCAGACCUACUUUGUGGACCUAAAGGCAGGAGAGCUUCGUUUUGCAGGAAAGUCUAUCCAUUUUCCAGGAGGAUCCCCUCCAACGGCCGACUCCCGCUGCUGGUUUGACGAAAAGGUCAUCUGCACCGGAGGUGUGGAGGUGUCUUACAUAAUAAUAGUAUUGGCGGUGAUCCUCAGUUUGGCUGUAGGAGGGCUCUUCAUAACUCUUUUCAUCAGGAGGAGACUUCAACAAAUCCAGCUGAUCAAGGGACCCAAUCGCAUCCUGCUGACUUUAGAAGAUCUCACUUUUAUUAAUCCUCAGCUUAGCAAAAAGAAAAUUACUUUAGAGGAUCUGAGUGAGUCAAGGAGCGCUUUGGAUGAGAAGUCUGCAGACCCAUCCCAUUCUGUUAACAGCAUGCAGACAGCAACGCACGAGAAUUCAAACGUCGCUGUCUAUGAGGGUGACUGGGUUUGGCUCAAGAAAUUUGAAGAGGGCCAAUUUAAGGAGUUAAAACAAAGCACAACAAAGAUUUUCACAAAGAUGAAGGACUUGAGAAAUGAGAAUGUGAAUCCCUUCCUGGGCUUCUUCCUGGACUGCUUCAUGUUUGCUGUGGUGACAGAGCACUGCUCUCGGGGCAGUCUCCAGGACCUGCUAAGGAACGAAGAUGUAAAAUUAGACUGGAUGUUUAAGUCGUCACUUUUACUUGAUCUUAUCAAGGGUAUGAAAUAUCUCCACCACAGGGAGUUCCCCCACGGCAGACUAAAAUCUCGAAACUGUGUGGUGGACGGGCGCUUUGUUCUGAAGAUUACAGACUAUGGCUUCAAUGAGCUGCUGGAGUCUCAGAAAGCUUCCUUUGAAGAGCCGCCACCUGAGGAGCUGUUCUGGACAGCCCCUGAGUUCCUGAGGGAUCUUCCAAAUUUCCGUAAAGGAACUUAUAAAGGAGAUGUUUAUAGUUUUUCUGUAAUUCUUCAGGAGGUGGUAGUAAGAGGGCCACCAUACUGCAUGCUGGAUUUACCCCCCGAAGAAAUCAUCCGUAAAGUAAAAAAACCUCCACCAAUGUGCCGUCCCACAGUCGCACCGGAUCAGGCUCCACUUGAAUGUAUUCAGCUAAUGAAGCAGUGCUGGAGCGAACUGCCUGACCGCAGACCAACUUUUGAUGAGAUCUUUGACAGGUUCAAGAUCAUUAACAAAGGCAAGAAGACCAAUAUCAUUGACUCCAUGCUGAGAAUGCUGGAGCAGUACAGCUCUAAUCUGGAGGAUCUCAUCAGAGAGAGAACAGAGGAGCUGGAGGUGGAAAAGCAGAGAACGGAGAAGCUGCUUUCUGAGAUGCUUCCACCUUCUGUUGCUGAGGCUCUUAAAACGGGCGCCUCAGUGGAGCCAGAGUACUUUGACCAGGUGACAAUCUACUUCAGUGACAUUGUGGGUUUCACAACCAUCUCUUCGCUCAGUGACCCCAUUGAAGUGGUUGACCUUCUGAAUGACCUCUACACGCUGUUUGAUGCUGUACUCAGCAGCCAUGAUGUUUACAAGGUGGAGACCAUUGGGGAUGCUUACAUGGUGGCAUCGGGUCUGCCUAAGAGGAAUGGCAACAAGCAUGCCGCAGAGAUAGCCAACAUGUCUCUGAACAUCCUCAGCUCAGUGGGCUCAUUCCAAAUGCGACACAUGCCAGAUGUGCCCGUCAGGAUACGAAUAGGAAUUCACUCAGGGCCCUGUGUUGCUGGCGUUGUAGGACUGACCAUGCCUCGGUACUGCCUUUUUGGAGACACCGUCAACACUGCCUCUCGUAUGGAAUCCACUGGGCUGCCUUAUAGAAUCCAUGUAAAUUGUAGCACUGUGAAGAUCCUCCGUUCUCUUAAUGAUGGAUAUAAAAUAGAAGUUAGAGGCAAGACAGAACUAAAGGGUAAAGGUAUAGAGGAGACCUACUGGCUUGCCGGGAAAACCAACUUUGCAAAACCUUUGCCAAAACCACCAGAAAUAAGACCAGGGGAAGACAAUCAUGGGCUGAAACCUGAGGAAAUAGCUGCGUACAGGAGAAAGAAAGCCGAGAAAAAGGCUUGACCGUCUCAGGUCAAAUGCAGGAGGGACAACUGGCAAGAGAUGGUGACAGAAGAGAUCAAGUCUCAUUUCCGCAAGGCCAACAGGCAGGUGGACAAAAAAAUCUGAAUCAAUGAGAGGAAGAGGAGCAAAUAAAUCAAAGGACCUACAAAGGAGCAUAGGACAGAGGCAUCUAGAUGAAGAAAGAGAAGAAAAGCUGAGAGGGGCAAGCACAGGGCUGAAAGCAGCACCCAGCCUCUCAAUGUGGCUUAAAGCAGACUUGUUUAAGAGGAUUGUUCAUCAACUGGCUAAUCUACCUUCAGCCAGCACAGCAGAACAUGA